AUGGAACAAAAACAUCUAGAGAUACCGGACGAUUUCAAGGUAACCUUGCCACCAAGAAAGAGGGCCAGGACCAAGGAGGAGAAAGAACAAAGAAGGAUCGAGAGGAUUCUCCGGAACCGCAAGGCCGCGCACCACAGCAGAGAGAAGAAGAGGAUGCAUUUGCAACUCCUGGAACACAAAUGCGACGUGAUGGAGCGGCUUCUGGCGUGUAUUGGUAACCUCGACGACGUCGUUCUCGACGAGGGCCGUGAACUGUUACAAGAGUACAGGUCGAUGACCAGCGAUGGUGAGAAGGAGGAAGCGGUGCCCAACGGGCAAGCCUCGGGCUGCGGGAGCGGCGCUGAGGACGGCCAAUCACCACCGCAGACCGCAUUGACUCCGGUCAGUUUUGUCAACGACGAAGAAAAGGCAGACCAGGGCUGGGACCUGCUGCUGACGAAGUCGCAGCAACUCAGCGAACCGGUUCCGGUCUUCGACGAGUCAACUUUGGCUCCACCUCUCCUGUGGUUGGCCGGUAACGAGGAGAGCUCAUUUGAAUUCGACGAUUGGCGUAAUCCAGCAGUGAUUACAGCUUUUACAGCGUUAGCUUUGAGGUGA